AUGGUGAGAAGUCCAUGCUGUGCUAAGGUAGGGAUCAACAAGGGAGCUUGGUCUUCCCAAGAGGAUGAAAUCCUCAUCAACUAUGUCAAGAUUCAUGGAGAAGGCAAGUGGAGAAAAGUUGCCCAGAAUGCAGGUUUGAACAGAUGCGCCAAGAGCUGCAGGUUUAGGUGGUUGAAUUACUUAAGGCCUGGCAUCAAACGAGGUGACAUAACCAAGGAUGAAGAAGAUCUCAUUAUUAGACUCCACCAGCUUCUCGGCAACAGGUGGGCCUUAAUAGCGGGGAGGCUUCCCGGACGAACAGACAAUGAAAUAAAGAACUACUGGAAUACAAAUCUGGCCAAAAAAUCCUUGAAACUGGGAAUUGAUCCUCUUGGUCCGAUUCCCGGUACCAUAUUGAAAUCGGACUGA